UUCUCCUUCUUCCUUCUAGUAUUUGACCAAUUCUCUCUUUCUUUCACUCGAUCGAACUUUGAAUCUCUACAAAAAAAAAAAAAAAGAGAGAGAGAGAAAAUGGUAAAGCUAGCUUCGGCUCGUGAGAGCCGAGUGUACGGACCGAGGAUAUCUAAGAACAGAGCAGAGUACAUAAACGCUGGGGUGUACCUGUUCGCAACAGUGGUGCUUCUGGGUGGGUUCGUGGCUCAGCUCUCGGGCGAACCCAAGUCUGGUCUGGUCCUAUUGCUCAUUGCCUUGGUCCUAAUCGCCACCGUCAACUUCCACGAUGCCCUCGCCCACCUUGCUUCCUACGAUUACCGAUUCUCCUUAAUGGAGUACGAUGUACAGCUCUUUCUCGUUGAGUUCUUUGUCCCUCUUGUUCAAGCAAUCGGUUCCAUUCUCCUUUUCUUGGGAAUUCUCUUUCUUUUUCUUCAGGAAGAGAAGGGUUAUAGGUACAUGAAGAUGGAAAAGCAUGGAAUGAAUAUGUUAAUAGCAGGGCCAGUUUUAUGGGUAGUGGGAUCAAUUCACAACUCAUGCCAAGUGUACGAGAGAGCCGAUGGACAUGUCCAAAUCUUGCAACAAAGUGUCCACAUUCCCUUCUUGAUAGGCAGCAUUUUACUCACAGUUGCCUCCAUUCUCAAUGCUCGUGAGCAUGCUCUGGCUGGACAACUCUUCCAUGGUCUCCAACUACUGGGGAGGAGGUGGAUUUGGGUGAGCAUAUUUGGGAGCUUGUUUCUUGUAAUUGGGGGUUUGAUGAAUGUGGUUAAAGUGUUUCAUAUGCAGAGCAGUAGCGACGGUGGCCGAAUUCGAUUGGAGAAACUAAGAGGAGGAGCACAAGAGAGGUUGUUCCAAGAAAGAGAUGGACAAGUUCCACUCAUCUUAGAAGAAGAAGAAGAUCGACAAAGCCACAGGAGGAGAAGAAGGCAAACUAGUCCUCGUGAUAAUGGCCAACCCAAAAUAAUAUUCCCACCAUCUCCAGUCCCUGUUCCAACUCCUUACAAGGAUAUUCUACUUGGUCCUUCUACUACUCUUAAUAGUCCAUUACGAGGUAAAAAAAAGCCCAUAGGCCCAUAUAACGAUAAGAGAGCAACUGGUUCGUUCGUCUCUGAGACUCUGCAACGAACCCUAAUUUUGUGCGACUACCAGACAAAAUUCCAUUUUUUUUUUGCAAUCACUCUUUCAAGUUUCAGGUGUUUUGCUUAUUAUACAAUGGCAUCUGUAUCUAGCCAACCCCAGUUUCGGUACACCCAGCCACCUUCUAAGGUUCUCCAUUUGAGAAACUUGCCAUGGGAGUGCACAGAAGAGGAAUUGAUUGAACUGGGGAAGCCCUUUGGUAAAGUUGUCAACACCAAGUGCAAUGUUGGUGCAAAUAGAAACCAAGCUUUUAUUGAAUUCGCAGAUUUAAAUCAAGCUAUUGCAAUGAUAUCAUAUUAUGCAUCAUCUUCGGAGCCAGCACAAGUUCGGGGGAAAACCGUCUACUUACAGUAUUCCAAUAGGCAGGAAAUAGUAAACAACAAAACUGCUGCAGAUGUAGCUGGGAAUGUACUUUUGGUAACGAUAGAAGGUCCCGACGCACGCCUUGUCAGCAUUGAUGUUUUGCAUUUGGUCUUUUCAGCUUUUGGGUUUGUUCAUAAGAUUACUACUUUCGAGAAGACUGCUGGAUUUCAGGCACUAGUACAAUUCUCAGAUGCUGAAACUGCCACUUCCGCAAAAAACGCCCUUGACGGAAGAAGCAUCCCUAGGUAUCUGCUAACAGAGAAUGUGGGACCAUGUACUCUGAGGAUCACGUAUUCUGGACACACAGAUCUGAGUGUGAAAUUUCAGUCCCACAGAAGCAGGGACUACACUAAUCCUUAUCUUCCAGUUGCUCCCUCAGCUAUUGAUGGCAGUGGUCAGCUCACUGUGGGUUUGGAUGGAAAGAAACUUGAGCCUGAAAGUAAUGUGCUGCUUGCAUCCAUUGAAAACAUGCAGUAUGCUGUCACCUUGGAGGUGUUACACAUGGUUUUUUCUUCUUUUGGGCCCGUUCAAAAGAUUGCAAUGUUUGAUAAGAAUGGGGGAGUUCAGGCGUUGGUUCAGUAUCCUGAAAUUCAGACUGCAGUUGCCGCCAAGGAAGCCUUGGAAGGACAUUGCAUUUACGAUGGAGGGUUUUGCAAACUCCAUUUAUCAUACUCGAGGCAUACUGAUCUCAGUAUCAAGGUCAAUAACGAUCGCAGCAGAGAUUAUACACUCCCAAAUGUUUCUACUGUUACCAUGGUGAAUUCCCAGCCAUCAAUUUUGGGUCAACAGCCAUCUAACGUUUCAAUGGUGACUACCAAUCCUCCUCAGUAUUCUGGGGCUCAGUAUGCACCAACCGAGCAGGUUGGGAUGCCACAGCCUUUGGCUGCAUGGGGUGUUGCAGCUGCUCCACCCGCGCCUCAGUCCAUGCCGAUGCCCAUGCCUAUGUCUAUGUCUAUGCCUAUGCCUAUGCCGAUGUCUAAUCAUUCCUACAUGCCUCCUCGAUACGGGAACAUGCCUCCUCAUCCAGGAACGAUGCACAUGCCAAGCCAGAGUGGCCUUUCACAGACAAUGGUAUACCGCCCUGAUCAUAUUCAAUAACUUAUACCUCUCAAACCGAUUCCAUGUGUUUAAAUUCCGGUAGACUUUUGUUCAGUGAAGUAAGCCCACAGCACUAGUAAUACAAGGAGUGUGGAAAUCAUAGAAUCCUCAUUUCAACUUUGUUAUGUUUUUUCCUUUCCCAAGUUUGCUUAUGAGAUUCUAUGAGCAGAGUGGGCUUGAGAACUGAGAACUAACAACUUGUUAAGAUAUUGUUAUUUUGUUAUCAUGACUGGAAAUUUUCUUUUUUAGAGGUAACUAAUUUAAAGGCAAAUAAAAAAGCUUUAUUUCUCUAUUAAUAUAUAAAUUUAUACAUUUUCCC